UCAGAGCAGGCGGAUCGGAACAACCACGAACAUUGAGAAGACCCAUAUAAAUUCGCACUUGAGGAAUUCUGCUCGAAACUGAUCCCACAGAGUUGACGAACCAUGUGGAGAGCCAUUCAACAGCGCGCAAUAAUCGCGCAUCCGUUCACCAGACAGCGUCAUAGUCGCGUGAUUGCCAUUCGCCGGGAGGACCAGUCGGUUUGGGAGCGACGAGCUCCAUUUGGACCCACCCAUGUCCAGAAGUUGGUCAAGCAGAAUGUCAAGGUUAUCGUCCAGCCCUCCAAUCGUCGAGCAUAUCCCAUGCAGGCUUAUAUGCAAGCUGGGGCCCAUAUUCAGGAGGACAUCAGCGAUGCCUCGGUGAUUUUUGGUGUUAAGCAAGUUCCUAUUGAUGCCCUGAUCCCUGGAAAGACUUACUGCUUUUUUUCGCACACCAUAAAGGCGCAGGAAUCGAAUAUGCCCCUCUUGGAUGCCAUUUUGGAAAAGAAAAUCCGUCUUAUCGACUACGAACGCAUUAUCGAUGAGCGUGGAGCUCGUCAGGUGGCUUUUGGAAAAUAUGCUGGAGUUGCUGGUAUGGUCAACAUUCUGCAUGGCAUUGGGCUGCGUCUGUUGGCUCUGGGUCACCAUACGCCCUUCAUGCACAUCGGACCGGCUCACAAUUAUCGAAAUUCAUCAAUGGCCCGGCAAGCUAUUCGGGAUUGUGGAUACGAGAUCUCGCUGGGCAUGAUGCCCAAGUCUAUUGGCCCGCUGACUUUUGUGUUUACGGGGUCCGGAAAUGUGUCGCAAGGAGCACAGGAAGUGUUCUCGGAACUGCCCAUUGAGUAUGUGCCGCCAGAGAUGCUGCGCAAGGUGGCCGAGCAUGGAAACCAAAACAAGCUGUACGGUUGUGAGGUGAGCCGUUCGGAUCACCUGGAGCGACGUGAGGGCGGCGGCUUCGAUGCCAAGGAGUAUGAUGAGUUCCCCGAGCGUUAUAUAUCCACUUUCAGCACUAAGAUCGCUCCGUACGCCUCAGUUAUUGUGAAUGGCAUCUACUGGGCCGUGGGCAGUCCCAAGUUGAUCAGCAUUCCGGAUGCCAAGAACCUGCUCCGUCCAGCCAAUACACCUUGGUUGCCCACCAGCAAGGGUAGUCCCGCCCUGCCGCAUCGUAUGCUGGCCAUUUGCGACAUUUCUGCCGAUCCUGGUGGCUCCAUUGAGUUCAUGAAUGAAUGCACGACCAUAGAUACACCCUUCUGUCUGUACGAUGCGGAUCGGAAUAAGGAUACCAAGAGCUUUAAGGGACCGGGAGUGUUGGUCUGUUCUAUUGAUAAUAUGCCCACGCAGUUGCCUAGGGAGGCAACAGAUUUAUUUGGUGAACUAUUGACGCCCCAUGUCCAUGAUAUCAUCAAGAGUGAUGCCAAGAAACCGCUGGCGGAGCAGCAGUUCUCUUAUCCCAUUCAGUCGGCCAUUAUCGCCAGCAAUGGUGAGCUUACCGAGGGCUUCCAGUACAUACAGGAGCUCCGCGACUCGCAGAACCAUCGAUCACGUCACAAGAUGGAGGGAAGAUCAGAGUCCAACAAGAAUGUCCUCGUUCUGGGUGCUGGCAUGGUGUCUGCCCCUCUGGUGGAGUGGUUGCAUCGCGAAAAGGAUGUGAGUAUUACGGUCUGCUCGCAGGUCAAGGAGGAAGCCGAUCGAUUGGCCCAGCAAUAUGCGGGAGUGGACAGCGUCUAUCUGAAUGUGAACGAAAGCACUGGCCACCUCCAGGAGCUGUGUGGCAAGGCCGAUGUGGUGAUCUCCUUGCUACCCUACAGUCUCCAUGGCAUGGUGGCCAGGUAUUGCGUGGCGGAGGGUACCCACAUGGUCACAGCUAGUUAUCUCAACGAUGAGAUAUCCGAUUUGCAUGACGAGGCCAAGGCCAAGGGUGUGACCAUCAUGAAUGAGGUGGGCUUAGAUCCGGGUAUUGAUCACCUGCUGGCCCUGGAGUGUAUCCAUGAGGUACAGGACAAGGGAGGUGUUGUGGAAUCCUUUGUGAGCUACUGCGGCGGUCUACCGGCACCGGAGCACUCGAACAAUGCCCUACGUUACAAGUUCUCUUGGUCGCCAAGGGGAGUCCUCCUCAACACACUUUCGGCUGCCAAGUAUCUGAGUCGUGGGCAGAUUGUGGAGAUUUCCGGUGGCGGCGAACUCAUGUCCUGCAAUCGCAGCCUUGACUUUUUGCCCGGCUUCGCCUUGGAAGGGUUCCCCAAUAGGGAUUCCACAAAAUAUGGUUCAUUGUAUGGACUGGGCAAGGAUGUGCAUACACUGCUGCGGGGAACCAUCCGCUACAAGGGCUUCUCGGAGUCCAUAAAGCCCAUGCAGCUGCUGGGCCUGAUUGAUGCGGAACCACACGCCCUUCUGCAUCCCAGUGGACCGGAUGUCACGUGGCGCCAGCUGGUCAUCCAUCUAUUGGGCAUGUCCGAUUCGAGCAUCUUCUAUGAGAAUUUGAAGCAGAAACUGAAUGAGCGGAUUGGCGAUGUGGAAUGCAUCGAGAGCUUGGGUCUGCUGGAUGAAACUCCAGUGGUGAAGCUCAAUACUCCUUUGGACACGCUCAGUCAUUAUCUUUCCAAGAGAUUGGCCUUCGAACGCGAUGAACGUGAUCUGGUGGUGCUCCGCCAUGAGGUGGGCAUCCGUUGGGCCGAUGGUCGUCGCGAGGAGCGUGGCAUAAACUUUGUGGUCUACGGCCAGCCCCAAGGACAUUCCGCCAUGGCCAUGACAGUGGGCAAACCAGCUGCCAUAGCCGCCAAAAUGAUACUAGAUGGUGAGAUCCAGGAACGCGGUGUCCUGCUGCCUUUCACACCCGACAUAUACCGCCCAAUGCUGCAGCGUCUGCGCUCCGAGGGUCUGACUGCCACGGAGACCUCCAGAUGGUUGAAUUAAUUCGAGUCUGAACCCAGAACUGAGGAAAAACCCCUGAACUAAUAAGUCCUAGGCUUAAGUCUUCAUUCACACAUUAUAUUCUGCCUAAACUGCCAAUGGGUGAAAGUUCUCGUCUUAUUUAACAGUUUGUGUUGUGUUCGAUAAGAAAGUCAUUACGUUAUCUUAAUACAGAAAUAAGUUUUAUGACUCGGAGCUACUUGAAGUGCGUAAACAAGUUGAAGUCGGUUCUCGGCGAAGAAGGAGGAAAAUUGUGAAAUUUGUGUGUUCGUUUACUGUUGUGAAAAUUGUUGAUGAAAUAAAUUUGAAUAUUUAUGGAAA